GAGAAAAGAGGCCUUAUUAUAUGAACACAGAGGCACACCUCCCGGCCAAUUUUCUCCGACACAAAUACAGACCAAGCCCAACAGCAUGGUCCUCCUCAAAACACCACAACACGGUUCCGGCUCGUCGUCGAAGCUGACAUCAGCCGGCUUGUUCAUCUCGAUGUCGGCCUUCAUGGCUCUAUGCGCCAAGAAAGCCGGUCGUCUCUCGCGCAAGCUCAAACCCAAGCCAAUGAGCGAUCGAAAACUCGACCUUAAAUCGUCGCCCUUAGUUACGCGGCCGAAGCAGCUCAUAACGACCUUAAGCAACAAGGCGAUCAGCUUCAUGCACCCAAAGCUCGACAAGGAAGGCAGCGACGCUGGUGGGCCCGAGCUGAAGGACUGGGGUGACGGUGGGGUCUGGCAAAGGACGAUCUUGAUGGGGGACAAGUGUGAGCCGUUGGAUUUCUCGGGCGUAAUUUAUUACGAUAGUGACGGAAAGCAGCUGAACGAGGUGCCUAUCAGGUCGCCACGAGCGAGUCCACUGCCGGGGUAUCUCACUAGGGCCGGGAAAUCAGAGCUGUGAGUAGGCUACCCGCCGGGGAUUUUCGGUAGGUCACCCGCCGGAUGUUACAGGAGGAGACAGCAAGUAGCAAAUGUCAACGUUUCAUUUUGCGUGUUUUUAUACAGUUUCACAUCUGUCGUGUUGUGAUCUCAGUGGUCGAGGAAUAUAACAGGAUCACCAGUGACGAUUUCAAUCACUUUGGAUUUUGUUUUUGGUGGGGGUGGUGGUAAUUAUAUGUGUGACACGUUUACACUUCAUAGAAAUAGGAAUUGCACUUUGUAGCUUUUAUACUCUUUUUUUUCUUUGCCUUUUUGUUUUUUUAUUGGAAUUGUAGCGUAUUUAAUUGGUAGAGUUUAAAAAUAAAGAAAGGAAAAAUUCAAAAUCA